AUGAGGGUGUACAUCACGGCGACGGCGACGGCAACCGCGGGCGCCGACGACGCGACGAAGCCCAAGGUGGCGCAGCCACAGCCCCAGAAGCAGCAAGCGGCGCGGCGCGGGUGCCGCUCGGCUGCCGUCACGGGGCUCCUCGCCGGUCUGCUCCUCUUCCGCGCCGCGCUCCUCGCCAUCGAGGCCGGCGCCUCCCUCUGCCCUUCCACGACCGGGUGCCUGGACUGGCGGGCGGGGCUGGGGCGCUGGCUCUACGGCGACGGCGGCGACGCGACGGAGGAAUUUAUGAAGGAAUGGAGGCGUCACAGGGAAGCCACCCUGCUGGACCCUGUGGUGGUGGGAGCGGCGCCGGACUCCCUGGACGCGCUCAUGGCGGAGAUGGCCACCAUGCUGGCGUCCUACGACCGGAUUGACAUGGAAGCCGUGGCGAUCAAGAUGAUGGCCAUGCUGCUGAAGAUGGAUCGGAAGGUAAAGUCAUCAAGGAUCCGGGCUGUGUUCAACCGGCACCUGGCGUCGCUGGGCAUCCCCAAGAGCGUGCACUGCCUCGCCCUUCGGCUCGCCGAGGAGUUCGCGGUGAACUCCGCGGCGCGCUCCCCGGUGCCGCCGCCGGAGCACGCCCCGCGCCUGACCGACGCGUCGUGCCUCCACGUCGCGCUCGUGACCGACAACGUGCUCGCGGCCGCCGUCGCGGUGGCCUCCGCCGCGCGGAGCGCCGCCGACCCUGCCAGGCUGGUGUUCCACGUGGUCACGGACAAGAAGAGCUACGUGCCCAUGCACUCGUGGUUCGCGCUGCACCCGGUGUCGCCCGCGGUCGUCGAGGUCAGGGGCCUCCACCAGUUUGACUGGCGCGACGCCGGCGUCGUCGCCUCCGUCAUGAGGACGGUCGAGGAGUUCUUCCCUGAGCUUGGUAGGGUGAUGCUUCUGGACGACGACGUCGUGGUACGCAAGGACUUGGCCGGGCUGUGGGAGCAGGACCUUGACGGGAACAUCAUCGGCGCGGUCGGCGCUCACGAAGGCAGCGGCGUCUGCAUCGACAAGACCUUUGGCGACCACCUGAAUUUCUCGGACCCCGACGUGUCCGGCCUACAUAGCUCGCAAUGCGCGUGGUCGUGGGGCGUCAACAUCGUCGACCUCGACGCGUGGCGACGAACAAACGUUACCGAGACAUACCAGUUCUGGAGCAAGCAGUUCGUGGCAGAUGAUGGCCUCGCUGCCAGCGGCUCUGACACCUCGUUGCGUCAUGUGCAGAACCGGGAGUCGGGCUUCAGGCUGUGGCAGAUGGCCUCGCUGCCGCCGGCCCUGAUCGCGUUCGACGGGCGCGUUCAGGCGAUCGAGCCGCUGUGGAACCUGCCGGGCCUCGGUUGGCGCGUGCCGCACCCCGACCUUGUGCGGUUCUCCGCCGUCCUGCACUUCAGUGGGCCACGGAAGCCAUGGCUGGAGGUCGCGUUCCCGGAGCUGCGGCAGCUGUGGCUCGCCCACUUGAACGCAUCAGACAGUUUCUUACAAGGAUGUGGUGUGGUUGAAUGGCAGUAA